AUGCGGUCCUUUUUCCUCUUCGGCCGCUGCGUUGGCCGCGGAGGCAGAGCCGCUGUCCUGUUCACCAACCGCAUCCCACGACGUCAACAAUCCUUUGCCAAAUGGACCACCCGAAAAUACAGUCUGAAGGACCCCCGUCAGCGGCGAUACCCUACCCUCUUGGUCGCCGCCGCCGCGCUUUCUCCCGUCGCAUUCGUCGAGAUUGGUGAGGCCGAUAACGAGGAGGGCAAGACGACCGAGAUGCAGAUGCUGGAGAUAUCCCGCCAGGAAAUCAGCAAGAAGGUGCCGGACGAUGCCCGUGGCUUACAUCGGUUAUACAAGAGCGUCAUCUAUUUUCUCGACCAGUACAUAUAUGAGCCCCUUGCGACCGGGGUUCGCUUCGUCUACCUGGCCAUCAUCUUCGUCCCCGUCAUCGUCACCAUCCCCGCCGUCUUCAUCGGCCCGCGAAGGAAAGACCACGACAACGAAAGAGCUGGAACACUAUGGUGGUACGGGUUUCUGGUCAAGUCUAUGGAAAAGGGUGGUCCUGCUUUCAUCAAGCUGGGCCAGUGGGCUGCUUCAAGAUCCGAUAUCUUCCCUUCCGAGAUGUGCAAGAUCAUGUCUGACUUGCACUCCAAUGCCCCCGCCCAUUCCCUCCGGCAUACGAAGAAGACCAUCUCAGAAGCAUUCGGUGGUCGCAUCUUUGACCAGAUAUUCGUCGAGUUCGACGAGAAACCUCUCGGUGUCGGUGCCAUCGCACAGGUGUACAAGGCACGGUUGCAACCCGAUCUUGCAAUCCCCGACGACAGCGACCUCGACGUCCAGGACAGAAACAAGCUCAGCACCCGUAUCAGGAGAAAUGUGGAUGCCUUGGUCAAAUCCAGCCCGCAAAGAGUGCCCUCCGCUUACGUGGCCAUUAAAGUCCUCCAUCCCAAAGUGGAAAGAAAUGUUCGCCGCGACAUCAAGAUCAUGGCCGUGUUUGCCGCCAUCAUCAAUGCCAUCCCGACAAUGGAGUGGCUGGAUCUCCCCAACGAGGUCGCCAACUUUGGAGAAAUGAUGCGAUUGCAGCUUGAUCUGCGCAUCGAGGCGGCAAAUCUGACAAUUCUACGGAAACAUUUCCAGAAUCGUACGACGGCUUGGUUUCCACACCCAUAUACAGACUUCACCACACGCACUGUCCUGGUCGAGGAAUUUGCCCAAGGCUUGCCACUGGCCGCCUUCCUCCAAAAUGGCGGAGGCGCUUAUCAGAAGGAAAUCGCCAACGAAGGCCUAGACGCGUUCUUGCAUAUGCUUCUGAUAGACAAUUUCGUCCACGCAGAUCUCCAUCCGGGGAACAUCAUGGUCAACUUCUACAAACCCACGCAGCCAGACGUGAGACUCCCGUACAUGACCCGACAAGACCCAACACAACCCGCGAGCGCUUCCGAGAUUGACGCGUCCGAAGCAGUUUUAUCGAGACUGCGUCCUUACAUCGGCAAGAAAGCGGAAUGGGACGCUGCUCUGGCGGAGAUUGACAAAGAAGGAUAUCGACCCCAACUCAUCUUCAUCGACACGGGCCUGGUUACGGAGCUCAAUGCGAAGAAUCGAGCCAACUUCCUAGACCUCUUUCGCGCCAUUGCCGAGUUUGACGGCUACAAAGCCGGAAAGCUGAUGAUUGAAAGAUGUCGUCAGCCUGAUGCGGUCGUCGAGGGUGAGGUUUUUGCCCUCAAGAUGCAGCAUCUUGUCUUGUCAAUCAAAGGGCAGACAUUCGCCCUUGGCCACAUCAAGAUUGGAGACGUACUAUCAGAAGUGCUCAGCAUGGUCAGAUCCCACCACGUUCGGAUGGAAGGUGAUUUUGUGAAUGUGGUCAUCUCCAUUCUCUUGCUAGAAGGCAUCGGCAGAACCUUGGACCCCGAUCUCGAUCUUUUCAAGAGCGCUUUACCCAUUCUGCGACAGAUCGGAUCGUCCGAUCCUGGAGCUGUUCUCAAGAGCUUCAAGGAGGGCGAUUUCUCAAUGCUGAAAAUCUGGGUCGGACUCGAAGCUCGGAGGUUCUUCCAAGCAAGCGCCGAUAGCGUUGAGAUGUGCGUCAAGUAUGAUCUCCUCAGUCCGAACUUCUGA